AUGGCCUCAGCACAACAACAACAACAAAUGCAUAUGAUCCUUCCCGGUGAUUCACUGCCUAUAUCAGAGACAGACCUGAAAUCGCACAGACUAGUCCUAGGACCAGGCCUCUAUACAGACCCCAAGACACUAACUAUCCAUCCAGUGAACGCAGGAAAACUCUACAUCACUCAAAACAAUAACAGUAAUAGAAUUAAUAUUCACAUAGAUUACGAAUCUCAUCGCUAUAUACCCCACGUCAAUGAUCUCGUCAUUGGUUGUAUCGUGGGCACUUUUGCUGACUCUUAUAAAGUCUCAUUGAAUUCAUUCUCAAAUUCGGUAUCUUUAUCUUACAUGGCAUUCCCUAAUGCUUCGAAAAAAAAUAGACCUACUUUGAAAAUCGGUGACCUUGUAUAUUGCAAAGUAGCCACCGCAGUGAAGGAAUUGGAAGCUACAGUGGAAUGUCUGGAGUCUGGGUUUGGUCUUUUAGAGGAUGGGAUGAUUAUCGAUUCCACUGGUUUGAAAUUCGUAAGAUUAUUGUUAUUUGAUGAUCAGUUCCCAUUGUUAAGAUUAUUGGCUUCGAGAACAAAAUUUGAAAUUGCAAUCGGUGUUAAUGGGAAAAUUUGGAUUAAAGCUGAUGAAAUUAAAGAUACGUUAGCUUGUUAUAGAUCUAUUUUGGACUGUUCCAUGUGCCAAUCCGUUGAUCAAUUCGCAAACAUUAUCAAGAAACAUUUCCAAGAUUUAAAUACUGUCGCUGCUGCUACUGCUGCUACUGAAAAUUAG